AUGAUUGACUGUAUCUAUGGCAAUGACUCCCUCCAGCAACAGAUCAAACCACGGACAAGAGUACCACAGAAAGUCUACAUAUUUCUCAACGCAAAUGUGGUUAAACCGGCUAAUGGCUCUAUCCUAACAAAUCAAGUUGUCAAGAUUUCUAGAAGCCUUGUCGAAGUUAUCCCAACUGUCUCUACUUCGACUGAUAGAUUGCUGGAUGCAAUCAAGGUAAAUGUACAGGUCCCCGCCUCUUCAUUUAAAAGCAUGCACUCAGUCAAACCGGUGGGCAUGCCGAUAUGCCAGGGCCCCAUGAUCACUCUGACUGGCAUCUCUCUCACGCCAACCCUAGUCACGUAUUUGGAAAUGGCCUCUCCCAGCUGGAGCGGUUACUUCCCUAUGAAAUGCGCCUCGAAAAUGCUGAAGUCCUCAGAGUGGCUUGCAGGCGACGCUAGAGAUCGCGGUUGA